GGGAAAAGCACAUGUCAACUAACGAGGCUAUGCACUGAGUAUAUGGGAAUGUCGAGACUACGAUCUUAUGGGUUUUGAUUCGCUUUGUUAUUAUUUAUUUACCUAAGCAUAAAUUAGAAUCGCCAAGUUGUAAUCGUAGAGGUAGUUUAUAUACCUUAUAUACCUCUGUAUACCUAAACAUUCGCGGGUGUUAGUUAUCCUUGGGCUCGGGGCGAUCACGUACGUUGCACUACACGGCUGAGCUGAUAUGAUUCGAGCGGCCUACAGCUCCUGGGCAGCUUGGUUGGGUUCCAUUCACUUACCUGAUAACACAAUAAAUCUCCGCUUACUUCAUAAUCCCAACCCUCCUUUACCUCACCACCAUGGCGUUUGAUAGGCUAGACAGGGGUACACACAGCCUGCCUGGCGACAAGCUCGAGGUAGUCUACCCAUUAUAAGCCCACGUUCUUACCAGGUGGCUAUAUUUCCCAAUGUCCUCAACAUCACCCGUCAAACAUUUACUUCGGAGCUUCCAGCGACCAAGCUCCACAAUGUCUACAUACGGUCUGUUCCAAGUACACGACUCGGGGGAGGCCAAAGUUGAUAUCGUGCUCUUACACGGGCUACGAGGUGACAUAGAGAAGACUUGGACUAAGGACGGAGUGCUAUGGCCAAAAGACUUACUCCCCCUGGAUGUCCCCGAAAGCCGUAUCUUCCUCUUCGGCUACGACACUAGCAUUGCUCAGAAAGACCCCACCCGGGUCGCGAACACGGAAAUCCACAGCGACGCUAAUGAUCUCUGCUCUAAGCUUGCCGCUGAGCGUUCGAGCACCGGCACGGACAACCGCCCUAUCAUCUUCAUUGCCCACAGCCUCGGCGGCCUGGUCGCAGCGCAGGUCCUCGUCCACGGCGACCAGCGCGCCGAGGCGUCGAGCGCCGAGGCCAUCGCCAAGAACACCCGGGGCAUGAUAUUCCUCGGGACGCCGUUCAGGGGUUCUCCAUCGGCGCGGAAAGCCGAAGCCGCUCGGCGGAUCCUGCAGGUUUUCGGGGUCAACACCCAAGAGCACACGUUGAAGCUCCUCGGCGUCGACUCGGAGCGCUUGGACGAGCUCACUAGGGCUUUCCCGGAGGUCCUUAACAAACGUCGAGCUUCUAAGAACCCCUUAGAUAGGAUCGAAGCGUUCUUUUUCUACGAGAUUUUGAAGACGAAGAUUGGGUUUGGCUCGACGCAGAUCGUCGAGCCCGAGUCCGCCCAGCUUCCAGGCUGUGGCGACGCAACCCCUAUCCGCGCCGACCACAUCGGCAUCUGUAAAUUCAAAACCCAGAAAGACGAGGGCUACGGCGUGGUAGUAGCCGCUAUUCGAAAGAUCAUGAUGCCUACGGGCAGCGAAUCUCACCAGGGAACCAAGAUUAUCAAUAUCCUAGGCCGGGCUGUAAACGUUGCAGCUGACGACAUCAACAUCCAGAACCAGACAGUCAACUUCUGAAGAGGAUACACCGAGGGAGAUCUCAUGCAGGCUACCUACCUACCGAUCCAAGACUAGUGACGAAUUUCAAAAAGCGUGGCUUAGCGGGGGGAAGGAC